CGGGUUAGCCUAUAGUUAGCCAGGGUAUAUAAAGGACGGACGCCGAGAUGUUCAUUGCCCAGUUCUCUCUCAAGGAGCUACUGGAACAUACUCGACCUUCUCUCCUUUUGAACUAAAUCUUUCAUCAUGGGUGAUGUAGAGAAGAAGAAGAAGAAGAAGAAGAAGGAAGAGGAACCCGCCGCUGAUGCCGCUCCCGCCGCCGCUCCCGCUCCGGCUCCCGCAGCUAGUUCUACCAAGUCUGGUUCGACUGGUGGCUCCAAGAAGCAGGCCGCUCGCUCUGGCAGCAAUGUCUUUUCGAUGUUCAGCCAGAAGCAGGUUGCUGAGUUCAAGGAAGGCUUCCAGUUGAUGGACCGCGACAAGGACGGAAUCUUGGGCAAGAAUGAUUUGCGCGCCACUUACGACGAGCUGGGCCGCAUCGCGUCCGAGAAGGAAUUGGACGAGAUGCUCAAGGAUGCUCCAGGACCCAUCAACUUCACCGCCUUGUUGAUGAUGUUCGCCGAAAGGCAAUCUGGAGGUGCCGAUGAAGAUGAUGUUGUUAUCGCUGCCUUCAAAUCUUUCGAUGAUGGCACCGGUCACAUCGAUGGUGAGAACUUGCGACACGCCCUCAUGACCUGGGGUGAGAAGUUCUCCGCCAAAGAAGUCGAUGAUGCCUACGCUGAGAUGACCAUUGACAACGCCAACCGCAUCGACUGCGCUGCACUCAUCCAGAUGUUGACCUCCUCUCCAGCUGAGGAAACCGAAGGCGAGGCUGCUUAAAUUCUUUUUUUCCCCACCACCUCAAAAAAGUCGUUGUUUUCUCUCCUUUUUCUUCUUCUGUCUUUUCUCUAUCAUUAAAAAAACAAAACAAAAAGAAAUUCACAUGCAAUCUGCAAGAUCAUCAGCAGAAUAACAACAACAACAACAACAACCUAAAAAAUAAACUGUUUCAAGAAAAUCCUUCCUGCUAUGAUUUUUUCCUUCAUUUUGUGCUAUGGGAGUUGUUUGAGUCUGGUUCCUAUCAACACCAGUUUAAAAUAGUGAUGACUUCCAAAUACAACUACUCUUAGACCGGAA